AUGAAUGAAGGACCUUUUGUAGGUAUUGACCUUGGAACAACAUUUUCCACAGUAGCCGUUUAUAAACCUGCACAAAAAUCAUUCGAUGUUCUAAAAAUUGAUGGAGACACACAAGUUCCUUCAGUUAUUGCUUUUGGAGAUGAACUUGUUUAUGGUCAGCGAGCUAAGAGCUUGAUGGCAAACAUACCACAAAAUACAGUUUAUGAUAGUAAAAGAAUGAUAGGAAAGAUGUAUUCUGAACUUGAUGAAAAUGAUAUUAGAAACUGGCCAUUCAAAGUUAAUGAUUAUGGUGGAGCCCCUUCAAUUCAAGCGGUUCUUAAAAGACAAAUACGUGAAUAUCGUCCAUACGAAAUUUCCUCCUACAUUUUAAGUUAUCUUAAAAAGAAAUCAGAAGAUCAGCUUGGUGUACCCAUCAAAAAAGCUGUUAUCACUGUUCCUGCUUAUUUCGACGAUAGACAGAAGGCAGAAACAAAGUUGGCCGCCAAAUUUGCAGGAUUUGGUGAUUUCGAGCUCAUGAAUGAACCUACAGCAGCAGCGCUUUGCUACAUGCAUACAUUCCAGAAAUUCUCUGACUCAAGCAAAAUCCUUGUUUAUGACUUUGGUGGCGGUACAUUUGAUGUUUCUUUGGUUGGAAUCAAUGGCAAAAAUUUCGAAGUUAUCGGUUAUGAUGGAGACUCUCAUUUGGGAGGCCAAGAUAUCGAUAACGCCCUCGUACAGUACUUCGCUCCUAAUUUCUUGAUGAAAACAAGAAUUGAUAUCUUUGCAGACGAUAAUCAAUCGAAGCGAUACAAAGGUCAGAUGAAGCAACAAUGCGAGCACCUCAAAAAACAGUUUUCUCCGAAUGUCAAAAGUGGUUCAAUAAAUAUUCAGCUUCCAACAAACGAUAACCACACAGCAACGAUAGAUGUCGAUAAAUACAACCAAAUCAUAUCACCAAUCAUCGAUUUAUCCUUUACAAAAGUUGAUUAUUUACUAGCAGAGCACGGAGUCAAUCCUUCUCAACUUACUGACAUUAUUUUGGUCGGAGGAACUUCCCUGAUCCCAUUAAUCCGCGAAAAAAUCAGAGAUAAGUACAAAAUCGAACCAAAAGCAAACAUUCCACCUUUCGAUGCCGUAGCUGCUGGAGCAUGCAUCAAAGCAUAUCUUAAAGGCCGUAAGAAACAAAGAUCAAGCCGUGCAGCAACGACAACAAGAAGAUCUCCUCAAAUGCCACCUCCAGUUAACUAUCCACGAGCUUCUACAGUAGAAGAUAACCCUUACGCCAAUCUCGAACCUAUUCCGCCUAUCCAGCCUCAAGUAGUUUCGAUAGAUCCGAUUAUGCCACCAAGUUUUGAGUCAAUUAGCAGCGGUGAGCCUGAAUAUCCAGAUAUUACGAUAAUUACCGACCAACCAAUUAUCAACCAGACCCAGUUCGAGCCACUUUUCGAACCACCACCGAAUAUCGAGUAUGUUCCUGACGAAAAUGAGCAGCCGAACCCGUAUAUCGGCAUGCCAGAGGAAGAUAUCGACAUAGAGAUCCAAGAAGCCACUCCACAUUCGUUCGGAAUUAUUGCGAAUAAGAAAGUGGUCAAAAUGAUCGAGAAGAACACUAAAUAUCCAUAUUCUCGGACCAAGGCAUAUCAUCGCAGGAGCGAAUCCCAGACAAUUACCAUCAAAGUCGCUCAAGGCGAAUCUGAGAUUCCAUCAGAGUGCAAAAUCAUCGGAAUCUACUCUGUACAGAUGCCAGAAGACAUCUACGACAUCGACAUAACACUCACAGUCGAUAGCGAUGGAAUUAUGUCUGUACGCGCUAAUUACAGUGAUGAAACAAAGAAAUUCGUGUUGAAUAAUGAACACACGAGUUUGUCUCACCAGGAUAUCGACAGAUUGCAGGCAAACAGAGCAGUUAUCAGCGCAGAAAACAGGUUCCAGACAGCGUUAGAUGACUGGCAUAGAUAUAUGACUGAACUGAAGAAAAUGAGGAAGACGGCGAAUGAAGGAAAGAAAAGGAGAAUUAAUGAUAACAUCGAAAGAAUUGAGACUUAUAUUGAUGAUAACCCUAAUCCGUCUGCUGAUGAAAUUGAUAGAGUUUCUAAGGAAUUAUACGAAAUGGUCGAUAAUGUUAAGUGGGCAUUUAAUUUAUAA